AUGCAGCGUCAACCUCUAGAUGGCCCCGCCUACGUAGACGGUCCUGCAUAUAAUAAUGAGAAACCCACCGGCCUUCUGACGCGCUUCGUACCCGAGAGAAUCCGAAACACAGGUCUUUAUCGUUGGUUUCUUCGCCUAACUCGCCUUCUUCAGUUUAUCUCUUCGGUCGUCUCUCUUGGAAUUUUCUCUCAGCGUUUCUAUAAGGUCUACCGGCUGGUCAAUUCUAUCAAGACCCGUCGGGGCGUCAACGGCUCGUACGGCGCUGUGGAGGGCAUUCUUGCGGCUGCGGUUCUUUACACCCUCAUCACCACACUAUUCAGUUGCAUCAAGAAAAACAGUAGCCCUGGCACCGCGAGGUGGCUGCGCUGGCUGUGGGUCCUCCUCGACCUUGCCUUCGUGGGUGCCUUCAUUGCCGUUUCUGUCCUCACCAGACCCAAUGGUGGAAUGGCCGGGCCUAGACACUGCUACUCUAUCGAUCGCCUUACAGACGGAUCGAGCAAUGCAACUGGCGAGACGGCGAGCAACGAUGACAGUUGCAACUUGCCCUGGGGCACAUUCAUCCUGGCCAUUGUCAGCACUGUCCUUCACGCAAUCACUGCCGCAUUCCACGAGGUUCGAGACCGACACCGAAGACACAAGCGUGCCCUUGAAGAGGAGAAGGCCAUCAGUCAAGGAUACGGGGGUCGAAGCAUGGGAGCUGCAGGGCCCACGGUAGCCAACAACCGGUAUUAA